AUGUCUGAAUCUUUUUUCACCAACUUUUACAGAGUUUUCAACAUUGCAAAUGAACAGCCGUUAGCGACUGAUGGUGUGAAAGUUGUACCAUGGAUCAUGUGGAGAUUAUGGAAAAAUCGAAAUGAUCUUCUCUUUAAUGGGAAGGAACUUGGAGCUCAGGAUCUAGUGAAAAAGGCUUUGGAUGAUGCUGAAGAAUGGCAUUCAAGAUUAGAGGUUGAAGAUGAGAGACCAAAGACAACUGCCCGAACCAUACUUCAUCCAAAAUGGACUCCACCACCGCCAAACUGGGUUAAGUGUAAUGUUGAUGGAGGGGGAAAAACUCUACACCAGAUGGGAUCGGUUCUUGAAACUGAGGCUGAAGCACUUAGAUGGGUGAUACUUAUGGUUUGCAAUCUUAAUUACUCAAAGGUUAUCUUUGAAACUGAUUCCAAAAGCCUAGUGGAUGCUUUACAGGAUGGAAAUUUAUGGCCUUGUCUAAGUAUGUUUCAGCAGGACAUUAAAGCUCUUCUCUCAAAGUUUCAAGAUCAUCAUCUUGUCUUUUCCCCUAGAGAUAGUAAUAGAGUGGCUCAUAGAAUAGCUCAUGAGACUUCUUCUUUUAUGAUUAAUGUCCUUAAGCUGUAUUUUAUUAUGCCUUGUUGGAUAAAUUCUUUUAUUGAGAAUGAUAAGAAAGCUUUGUAA